CCAUUUUACUCGGAUUACCGCACAAAGCGUGAAAGGAGAAUGUAUGGCAUGUUAAUGCUUCCUAUCGAUGGAAGACGUUUUUACGCAGCAGAGAAGCGAUAUAUGAACCGUUGGUUUCCCACUCCUCUGUUUGCUCCUCAUAAACCCUAAUUCGUGACGCACAAGCUUCAUUUAGAGCUGACUUGGGGUUCAUUGUACUCUAUUCUGUUAAUGGUUGGGAGCUCCAGGGACGUUCCUGACUUCUAAGGUUCCAGAACUUGGUCUAAGUUCAGUGGAAUGCAGCACAUGAAGAUGUCAAUGACAGAAUUACUCAUUUCUUGAUUGUAUGUUGACUAUUGAGAUGGCUACUUUGUCAUUGGUAGCUGGAAAUUGUAGGAAAGGAAGUGAAAAUUGGGGUUUUGAAUUUGGCUUACCUUCAUAUUUUAGCAAGGAUAUUUUUGGUUGUGAUUUACCUAAGAUUUCAUCUAGAGGAGUAAAUGGAUACUGGGCAAGGACUUUGAAAGGCCAUGGUAGUAGAAGUAAUAACAGGUUUCGUGUAGUUGCAAGAUUGAAGAAAGCUAAGAAGCAUGAUUACCCUUGGCCUGAUGAUAUUGAUCCAAAUAUCACCAGUGGACACUUGGCUUAUCUUUCUUCCUUCAAGCCUCUGUCUGAUAAACCAAAACCAGUGACUCUUCCCUUUGAAAAGCCACUUGUUGAUCUGGAGAGAAAGAUUAUUGAGGUGAGGAGAAUGGCUGAUGAGACUGGCCUAGACUUUAGUGACCAAAUAGGUGCUUUGGAAAACAAGUAUCAACAGGCACUAAAGGAUUUGUACACACAUUUAACACCCAUUCAACGACUAUCCAUUGCCCGGCAUCCCAACAGACCAACAGUUCUUGAUCAUAUAUUGAAUAUCACAGAAAAGUGGGUGGAACUCCAUGGAGAUCGUGCAGGGUAUGAUGAUCCAGCUAUUGUAACUGGUAUUGGGAGCAUUGAUGGCAAGAACUACAUGUUUAUAGGCCAUCAGAAAGGUAGGAACACAAAGGAGAACAUCUCCCGCAAUUUUGCAAUGCCAACUCCUCAUGGAUACCGGAAGGCCUUACGUAUGAUGAAGUACGCUGAUCAUCAUGGUUUUCCUAUCGUAACAUUUGUUGACACUCCCGGGGCAUUUGCUGAUCUCAAAUCUGAGGAGCUUGGUCAAGGUGAAGCCAUAGCCUAUAAUUUGAGGGCUAUGUUUGGCUUCAAAGUGCCUAUUAUAUCAGUUGUGACUGGUGAAGGUGGUUCUGGUGGAGCUCUAGCCAUAGCUUGUGCCAACAAAUUAUUUAUGCUUGAAAACUCCGCUUUCUAUGUUGCAAGUCCUGAAGCAUGUGCCGCAAUCUUGUGGAAAUCUUCCCAGGCAGCUCCUAAGGCUGCUGAAAAACUAAGAAUAACAGCACAAGAACAUUACAGACUCAAAAUUGCUGAUGGUAUAAUACCUGAGCCUCUAGGUGGUGCACAUACAGAUCCUUUCUGGACUUCCCAGCAAAUUAAGCUUGCAGUCUCUCAGGCCAUGGAAGAACUGACAAAUAUGGACACGGAAGACCUGCUCCGCCACAGGAUGCUAAAAUUUCGGUCAAUUGGGGGAUUCCAGGAAGGCAUCCCUGUGGACCCGGAGAGAAAACGGAACAUGAAGCCUUCUGAGGUCAACAUGCUUAAGGCUGCUGAUUUAGAGUCAGAGCUUGAGAACCUAAAAGGGAAGAUUUUAGAUGCAAAGGUGCCAUAUGAUCCAAUCACUACCCAGGCAAUUGAAAAGCUCAAGGAAGAUGUAGAUAAGGAGAUUACUAAAGCAUUCAUUUCAAUGGGCUUGCAAGAGGAACUCAAAUCACUUAAGUUGGAGUUAUCAAGACUCCCAGAUCAACCACUUAAUCCCAAUUUGCAGGCGAAAGUGGAGAAAAUAAUGCAGAAGUUUAAACAAAAUUUGUUGCGGCCAGGGGCUUAUCUGGGUUUAAAACAGAAGCUUGAAAAGCUAAACACGGUUAGCAGGGUCAUUGAGGCGAAAGAGAGAAGUGAGAAACUGAAAGCUGAAAUUAAUAAGCAAGUUCCAGCUGAGGUUAAGACAAAACUGGAACAUCUGAGAGCUGCUCAAGAGAAGGUGUCAGAAGGAGAUUCAUUGGAUAAGGAUCUCCUAGAGGAAGUAGUUAACACUAAAAAAGAGCUGAUGGAGGUUUUGAAGUCAGCUAACCUGGAAAUUGUUGGGUUGACUAACAGGAAGAUGUCAACUCUGCCUUCAGAAUUGCAUGAGAAGAUAGCAAAUGUGAACAAAGAGAUUUCCCAUGAAAUCGAGAGAGCGAUAAACGUUUCAGGUCUUCGUGGGAGAAUAGAGGAGUUGAAGGCAGAGAUAGCUAGAGGGUCUAGUUCAGAGAAAGUAGAAAAAAUGGAAGCAGAGAUCAGAAAAGAUAUCCUUUCUGCUUUAGAUAUCACCGGAUUGAAGGAGAAGCUUGAGAAUAUAAGAAUGGAAUCGGCAUCCUCCUCAGGAAAUGGUAUUGAAGAAAAGACAGUUGCUGAAAAUGGAAGAUGGUAAAACACAACUUACUGUCGUAGAGGAGGAGAAAUAUAGUAUAUCCAUGCAGUUUCAUAAUGCUGGACCAAUCUAUGUACUGUCUCAAUACUUAUUUGUUUUUUGCAUAUGAUUUCCUCGUGUAUAUAUAUAUAUAUGUAUUCAAUAUUUAUUUUCAUCUGCUUUGCAGUCGGAUUCUAAGAAAGAGUCCAUCAGUUUAUAUUCUAUAGCGUAUACAGUCGGAGAAUGUCAUGUUGUAGGUGGGCAAAUUGAGUAAAA